AUGUCUUCCGAUUUCCUCGACGAGGUCAACGAGCGCCUUAUCGAAUGGAUAAAGCAAGACGCAAUAAACUUUGACUAUGAAUCAUCUGAAGAAGACACAUCCUCUGACGAAGAAGAACCGGGAAAAGUGGUUUACGCACCAUUACCAUAA